AUGUCGGUAAACAGCGUUUCCGAUGAUGAUGGGCUCCUUGAGUCUCCGGUAGAACGCAAAGCUAGAGGAAACCGAAAACAAGAACCACAGCAAAACACUAGUCACAUUACGACAUAUAAUGCUGUGGAAUACGCCUUGUAUCUCUGCCAAGGUCAUAGAGGCACUCCGGACUUAAAAAUAGAAUGCACGGAUGAUAAUAACGAACUGAUGGUGCUUGACGAGUCUGCCACAAGGAACUUUGAAGACCAUGUCCAAAAUCUGUGCUCAAAAACUCCUGCUGAAGGUGGCGUUCAUAUACGCUUGGUGCUAAUGAACCGAGACGGUGGCACAUUCCUUGGUGACAAGAGCCAGACACUCGAGUUACUUCAGAAUUACUGGCGCAUUGACAUGGGGGAUUUUGCCUUGUUGACUUCUCAGCCUGUAGCAAGCUACCAUAGCCGGAUUGCGGAUAUCCAUGGUGACAAGUGUCUAGACAUAAGUUACAACAUAAGAGAGGAUAUUUUGUACAACCAGGACAACAUCUCAUCGUUGGAGAGUAGUUUAACGGUGAAUGUCAUCAAAUCGACCGACAUGCGUGUAAAGCGUGAAUAUGAACCUGUCUAUUUCCGACAUAAUAUUUCAACCGGUCAGACUACUUACAUAUUGCCCAACGCCAGUCGAGAGCAUCGGUAUCUGCUUCACAACAUAGGCCAGAAACUUUCGGAAAGAGUCGUUCAGAUGCACCCAUUUACAUUGCAUGCGGUUAUUUUAUUUCAGAGCCUCGCUGCACGAGGCGCAGUAAUUGAUGAUAUGCUCCGCCGGUUACUUUGGAUUGAGACGCAAAUCUACCAAGGGUCAAUCUUCCAAGGCACGGAGUCGGAGAAGUUUAUCCAAUACAUCCAACUUUCGCAUAAAUUAUCACGCAAUCUGAUUACAUUAGAACAUAGAAACCAGAGGGACGCAUGCCUCAUUGAGAAGCUCCUUAAUGACCAAAAGCGUGUGUGGAGGUUGACUAGGCAAUCAAAUCACUACAUCGACACACGUGCACAUGAACAUGUGCGAGACAGUCUUCUUAGUCUUAAGGACUCUGCUCAUGACCAACACCGGCAAAUUAUAAACUCAGAGCGCAAGACCCAGCUGUUCAUAACAUUACUAUAUCAUCUAAUUACCGGCCACGACAGCGGGAUCAACUUGCGAAUAGCUUCGGAAACAGCAAAGCUUGCCCAUGAGGCGAAGAAAGAUAGCACAUCCAUGAAGAUUAUUGCUGGGGUUACUAUGUUUUACUUACCGGCAACAUUUGUCUGCAGUCUAUUCGGUACGAAUUUUGUUGCAUUGAACACCGAUACCUCGGAGCCAACAUUCAUCGUAUCCAAGCUAUGGUGGGUAUAUAUUGCAUUUGCGGUGCCUUUGACAUUGGCUACAAUCAUGGGGUUUCUCGUUUGGAGACGUUGGCGCCGUGAGCCUAUUGUAAUGAACCAGAUAGAUAAGGUUUGA